AUGAAGUCCUCGAAGCGUUACCCAAAUAAAAAGGUUGAUACAUCAAAAGGCUCGGAUACUUGGAAAGGGGAAAUUCCGAAUUCGUUUGUGCAGAUUGUAGCGGUUGAUAAAGCGAGAAUGCUAAAGAUGUUCAUCGAUCAGAUAAAGAAACUCAUAGAUACUGCAUCUCAGUACUUCAGUCGCGUAGAUGAUAUUAUAUUCGAAGGUAUCAGUUGUCAUCUUGAAGGUGACGAAAGACGAGAUGUGGAGAAACUACUGCAAAGUAAUAUUGUGAUACAUCUGCGCGCGUACGCAUAUUCAGAUAUUGGUGGGGGAUUGUUGUUCCGCGCUUCUUUCAAGGAUGAUUCAUUCGACGUUGCGCAUGAAGCCAAGUGCUCUCGAGAGUUAUAG